AAUAGAACCUGCAUCAAUAAAUACACUUUUUCUGAAUUCCCUUUAAUGAAAGAAAAAAUCUACCAAAGAUAGCUGCACUCUUUUAAAAAGGCUUCUCUUCUACUCUACUUUGUGCCACAAUCUAUGCUCACUUCUCCUAAAAAUGGCCAACUUAGUAGUAACCACCUUGUUAAUGCUUGGGCUGUGUUUGAUGUAUAAUACUAUCUUCAAUGUGAAACUUAUGGCACAAGGAAGUGUAAUGGGAGAAACAACUAGGUUCUAUGAUUUUAAGGUUCAAACUAAACGAGUUACGAAACUUUGCAACUCGAAAGAAAUCGUUACCGUGAAUGGUAUGUUUCCAGGACCUAUAGUUUAUGCACAAGAAGAUGAUAGAAUCAUAGUCAAGGUUACCAAUAAGACACCUUUCAAUGUUACCAUUCACUGGCACGGUAUUCGGCAAAAGCUAUCGUGUUGGUAUGACGGACCAUCCUUUAUUACACAAUGUCCGAUUCAAGCAGGCCGGAGUUUCACCUAUAAUUUUACCGUGGUGAAUCAGAAAGGAACUUUCUUCUGGCAUGCUCAUGUUUCUUGGCUAAGAGGAACAGUUCAUGGAGCUAUGAUUGUUUAUCCAAAGAAUUGGGUACCUUUCCCAUUUAAGAACCCUUAUCAAGAGCAAAUAAUCAUACUAGGGGAAUACUGGUUGCAGGAUCUCCAACAAGUUGAGCAUGCGACUCUAGUGAGUGGAGGAGCUCCACCUCCGGCAGAUGCAUAUACGAUUAACAGUCAUCCAGGCCCCAACUAUAACUGCUCCGUUAACGAUGUGUACCAACUUAAUGUGAUUCCGGGAAGGACCUACAUGUUAAGACUGAUUAAUGCGGGAUUAAACACCGAGAACUUCUUUGCCAUUGCAAAUCACAAACUAAAGAUCGUGGAAGCUGAUGGUGAAUACACGAAGUCAUUCACCACAGACACGGUAAUGCUUGCACCGGGCCAAACACUAAAUGUCCUAGUCUCAGCUGAUCAACCAGUAGGAAAAUACUCCAUGGCAGUGGCACCUUACAAGUCUGGCAGGAUUGUCAAAUAUCAAAACGUUUCAGCGAUUGCCUACUUCAACUAUAAAGGAGCCAAAUCCGACGGUUCAUAUUUACCGGCUAAAUUACCUAAACUUGAUGAUAAGCUAGCUGUUAAGACAGUCAUGGAUGGAUUAAGGAGCCUAAAUCAAGUGAAUGUUUUCAAAGAAAUUGAUAAAAACAUAUUCAUCACGGUUGGAUUGAAUGUUCAAAAAUGCCACUCAAAGACACCAAAGCAAAACUGUCAAGCAAUGAAUAACGGUGUGCUGACAGCUUCCAUGAACAAUAUAAGUUUCGUUCAUCCUCGUAUAUCAAUCCUGGAAGCUUAUUAUAAUAAAGUAAAUGGAACAUAUACUGAAGAUUUCCCCGAUGCGCCCUCUAAGUUCUAUGACUUCGUUAAUGGUGCCCCAAAUAACAUUCCAUAUGACACAGAGUCGUUGAACGGGACUAGAACUAAGGUCCUUGAAUACGGUACCAAGGUGCAACUCAUUUUGCAGAACACGGGGACAGUCAAUGUUGAAAAUCACCCAAUUCACAUCCAUGGCUACAGCUUUUAUGUUGUAGGGUAUGGCACGGGCAACUAUAAUCCACUAACAGCAAAAUUCAAUUUAGUGGAUCCCCCGUACAUGAAUACAAUCGGUGUUCCAGUGGGUGGAUGGGCAGCAGUCCGUUUUGUAGCUGAUAAUCCAGGUGUGUGGUAUAUGCACUGCCACAUUGAUAUACAUCAAUCAUGGGGACUUGGAAUGGUAUUUAUAGUUAAGAAUGGAAAAGGAGAUCUAGAGUCCCUACCACAUCCCCCAUCAGACCUUCCUCUAUGUUAAGGACUACCAACAGAUCGAAACAAAUAGUGCUAACAGAUAAUUGUGUGACCUUUUUCCGAGUUCGAGCAUUCUUUAGCUCCAAGUAUGUAGCUGUAAUAUGUGGCACUAGCGCAUUUCUUUUAAAAGAAAAUUUUAAGGAUGUAAAGAAGCAAAAUGAAUAGAUGAAUGCAAAUCUCUUUUUCAUUGUUUUUUUGGUGCAGUAAAGUUUAGGCGAUGAAUGCAAAUCUCUUUUUCCUUGUUUUUUUUGGUACGGGAAAAGUUUAGGCGAGGUCUGUCUCGGGAGCUCAUUGAGGUCAUGGAAAGCUUUAAGACUCAGAAAGUGAAAUUGCUUCAACGGUAACAUGGAAUUUCAUCUGUGUAUUUUGAUGUUUUGUUGUAUUUUCAGUAUUUUUGAUUUAUUGAUUAUUUGUAAUUUGAUUGUUUCGUUCAUUUGUAAUUUGAUUGAUCAUUUAUCGUAGAAAUGUAGCUUGAGCUAUCCCUUUCACUCACUUAGGUUGAAACUAUUGCAAUGUUUUUUGUUUUGAGCAAUUUGGUCAAAGUC